UAGAUAAGAUGGUAGCACAAUGCUGGACGCACAGUCACAGGGAGCACUGACCUUCAUAAGUUGUGCGGAAAGGCAUGGUCCUGUGUGUGACUGCCGUGUGACUGGUGCCAUUCUGACCACGUGCGUAUCACGUCUGCAUUUUCAUCAUGGACUGCAAGUUAGAACAAAGAGCAAACGUGAAAUUCUGCGUGAAACUGGGCAAAUCUGCCACGGAGACCUUCGACAUGAUCCGGCAAGCGUACGGCACCGCCGCAAUGAGUCGCUCGAGGUGUUUCAAGUGGCACGCGCGCUUCAAGAGCGGCAGAACAUCACUGGAGGACGACGAGAGAUCAGGAAGACCAUCGACGAGCUCGACCCCCGAAAAUGUCCAAACCAUUCGGCAACUCGUGCAUGACGAUAGUCGCAGGACGAUCCACAACAUCGCCGCCAUUGUCGGGGUGUCAUACGGAACAGUCCAGGCGAUCCUCACAUGCGAUUUGAACAUGCGCCGUGUUGCUGCCGAGUUGGUCCCCGGGCUGCUCACCCAGGAGCAGAAGGAACUCCAUCAGCGUGCCGCGGGCGACCCGUCCUUCGUGUCGAGGAUCAUUACGGGUGAUGAAACUUGGGUGUACGGGUACGACCCUGAGACGAAGCGACGGUCUUCACAGUGGAAGAGCACGUCAUCUCCACGAGCCAAAAAGGCGAGGCAGUCUCAGUCUCGCUCUCUAUCUCUCGCAGUUUAUCCCUCCCUCCUCCAGUCCCCUCUCUCUCUCUCUCUCUCUCUCUCUCUCUCUCUCUCAGAGAAGAGCAGCAGUGUCCGCUCUUCACUUCUCCACGCAUCCAUGGCGCUGUGUAACGGCGAUACCAAGCUGGAUAUCAGUGGCGAGCCGACAGACGGGUUGCAGGACUACGACGGGGCCGUGGUGAUCCUGGACGCCGGGGCGCAGUAUGGGAAAGUGAUCGACAGGCGAGUGAGGGAGCUGUUCGUGCAGUCGGAGAUCCUGCCCCUGGAGACCCCCGCCUUCGCCAUCAGAGAGCAGGGAUUCAGGGCCAUCAUCAUAUCCGGCGGUCCGAAUUCAGUCUACGCAGAAGAUGCCCCGUGGUUCGACCCGGCCAUUUUCACCAUCGGCAAACCCGUCCUGGGGAUCUGCUACGGCAUGCAGAUGAUGAACAAAGUGUUCGGCGGUACGGUACACAGGAAAAGCGUAAGAGAGGACGGCGUGUUCAGCAUCGGCAUAGACAACUCCUGCUCGCUUUUCAGGGGUUUACAGAAGGAGGAGAUGGUGCUCCUGACUCAUGGUGACAGUGUGGAUAAAGUAGCAGAUGGGUUCAAAGUGGUUGCUCAGUCCGGCAGCAUCAUCGCAGGUAUCGCCAACGAGCAGAAGAAGCUCUACGGGACGCAGUUUCACCCGGAAGUCGAUCUGACGGAGCGAGGCAUGGACAUGCUGCGGAACUUCGUGUUCGAGAUCGCCGGCUGCACCAGCAACUUCACCGUGCAGAACCGGCAGCUGGGCUGCAUACGUGAGAUCCAGGAGAAAGUGGACAAGUCCAAAGUCCUGGUAUUGUUAAGCGGAGGCGUCGACUCUACAGUGUGCACAGCCCUACUGAACAAAGCUCUAAAUCAGGACCAGGUGAUCGCCGUUCACAUCGACAACGGCUUCAUGAGGAAGAGGGAAAGCCAGAGCGUGGAGGAGGCCCUGACUAAACUCGGCAUUAAACUCAAAGUCGUGAACGCAGCGCACACGUUCUACAACGGCACCACGACGCUGCCCAUCUCCGAGGAAGACCGCACGCCCAGGAAACGCAUCAGCAAGACCCUCAACAUGACCACCAACCCCGAGGAGAAGAGAAAGAUCAUCGGCGACACCUUUGUCAAGGUAGCGAACGAGGUGAUUGGCGAGAUGAACCUGAAGCCGGAAGAUGUGUAUCUGGCACAGGGCACGCUCAGACCCGACCUGAUCGAGAGCGCGUCUCACCUGGCCAGCGGCAAGGCAGACAUCAUCAAAACUCACCACAACGACACGGAGCUCAUCCGCAAACUCCGAGACGAGGGGAAGGUGAUCGAGCCACUGAAAGAUUUCCACAAAGAUGAGGUUCGAGCGUUGGGCCGAGAGCUGGGACUCCCCGAAGAAAUCGUGUCCCGGCACCCUUUUCCCGGUCCUGGUUUGGCCAUCAGAGUGAUCUGCGCUGACGAGCCGUACGUUUGCAAAGACUUCGCCGAAACCAACAACAUCCUAAAAAUCAUCACAGACUUCUCUGCCAGUGUAAAGAAGCCACACACUCUGCUGCAAAGAGUGAAGUCGUGCAUAUCGGAUGAGGAAGAGGAGAAGCUGAUGCAAAUCACCAGCCUUCAUUCACUAAAUGCCUUCCUGCUGCCAAUUAAAACCGUCGGCGUCCAGGGCGAUGCGCGGUCGUACAGCUAUGUGUGUGGAGUGACCAGUAAAGAAGCUCCUCACUGGGAAUCGCUCAUGUUCCUGGCCAGACUCAUCCCUCGCAUCUGUCACACCAUCAACAGAGUCGUGUAUGUGUUCGGGUCACACGUAAAGGAACCUCCAACAGACAUCACACCCACGUUCCUGACCACAGGAGUACUGAGCACGCUCAGACAGGCCGACUUCGUGGCUCAUUCCAUCCUCAGGGAGUCGGGCUACUCGAGCAAGAUAAGUCAGAUGCCGGUCAUCCUGGUGCCGCUGCAUUUCGACCGGGACCCCCUGCAGAAGCAGCCGUCCUGCAGACGCUCGGUCGUCAUCAGAACCUUCAUUACCAGUGACUUCAUGACGGGCAUCGCCGCCACGCCGGAUAACCACAUCCCCGAGGAGGUGGUGCUAAAGAUGGUGAGCGAAAUCAAGAAGAUCCCAGGCAUCUCCAGAGUGAUGUACGACCUCACAUCCAAACCUCCUGGAACCACAGAGUGGGAGUAGAGAAGUCUUGGGGGUCUCAUCUUCCUCCUCCUCCUCCUCUUCCUCAUCAUCACCUUCCUCUUCAUUUUCCCUCAUUUUUUUUCUUCUUUUUCCUAUUUCUUCAUCCUUCUAUGGCAAUGUUUCACCAACAAGCUCUCCACCCUCAGAGAUCACAAGAAAACAUAAUACAACAUUCCCUAUGACAGCAGCUAGUACUGUGAAUUAACACACACACACACACACACACACACACACACACACACACACACAGACACAGCCAAAAACUUUAACAUUGUCUAGGACUUAUUAUUAAUAUCAGUAUAUGAUUCAUAUUAUUAUAAGUUCUUUGUAUAUUAUUUCAGGACUCGCUCGUCUCAUACGUUCAGCAGAACGUUCUCACGUAUAUUCUGUGACACGUCAAUAAAAUUGAUACGGGGGUUCAGAACGUCUUUCCUUCAGCCGAGCGUCCGCGAGUUCCAAGUUUGAAGACACGAUGCCACGUAAGCGGUUUUAAACGAACUGUUUAAUCCGUUGCAAUUGAUGAACCUCUAAAACACACACACACACACACACACACACACACACACACACACACACACACACACACGCUUCUAGUACGAGUUUCAUCGUCCUCACUUCUACUUCCACAUCAGCUUUAUUCACCUUGUCU